UUCAAAUCCAAUCCAACUGAAAAACGGGUUCCAAAUCUUGUUAAUUGUGGGUUUUGGAGAAACAAAGAAAAAGAGACAUCAGAGAGGAACCUAGAAGAAAAAAGGUCAGAAAUUUUACAAGAUAUGCCGUCUGCAUUGGAGGAUGAGUUGUUCCCGUCGACGCCCGGAAAGUUCAAAAUCGAACGCAGCCACGCCAUGAACCGCCAGUUCCACCGAUGUUUCGCCUCCACAAGCACCAUGUUCUUGUGGGUCUUAUUUCUUAUCGCCUUGACGGCGUCCUAUUUGAGCUUUCAGAGCUUCGUCGACUCCGGCAGCCGCUACUUCUCCGCCUCCUGGGGCGGCAUCCAGUGGGAGAAGCAGGUCCGCAACUCCGCCCAGAUCCACCGCUCCGGCGGCAUGUCCGUCCUCGUCACCGGCGCAGCCGGUUUCGUCGGAACCCACGUCUCCCUGGCCCUCAAAAAGCGCGGAGACGGCGUCGUCGGAAUUGACAACUUCAACAGCUACUACGAUCCGUCGCUAAAGAAGGCUCGCCGGUCGCUCCUCAAGACCCACGGCGUUUUCAUCGUCGAGGGCGACAUAAACGACAAUCGCCUUCUGGACAAGCUAUUCGAUACAGUGGCGUUCACCCAUGUGAUGCACUUGGCGGCUCAGGCCGGCGUCCGGUACGCCAUGGAGAAUCCGCAGUCUUACGUCCACAGCAACAUCGCCGGCCUCGUGACGAUUCUCGAAGUCUGCAAAUCGGCCAAUCCUCAGCCGUCCAUUGUUUGGGCUUCGUCCAGCUCUGUCUACGGUCUGAACGACAACGUCCCAUUCUCCGAAUCAGACCGGACUGACCAGCCGGCUAGCCUCUACGCCGCCACCAAGAAAGCCGGCGAAGAAAUUACCCACACUUACAACCAUAUUUAUGGCCUGUCAAUUACCGGGUUGAGAUUUUUCACCGUGUACGGACCGUGGGGUCGACCAGACAUGGCCUAUUUCUCUUUCACCCGCAACAUCCUCCAGGGGAAGCCCAUCACCAUUUACAGGGGCAAGAACCGGGUGGACUUGGCCCGGGAUUUCACGUAUAUUGACGACAUCGUGAAGGGUUGUUUGGGGUCAUUGGAUACGUCCGGGAAGAGUACCGGGUCGGGUGGGAAGAAGCGGGGAGCGGCGCCAUACCGUAUCUUUAAUUUGGGGAACACAUCACCGGUGACAGUGCCCACACUCGUCAACAUCUUGGAGCGGCAUUUGAGGACGAAGGCGAAGAAAAAUGUGGUGGACAUGCCUGGAAACGGCGACGUUCCGUUCACGCACGCGAAUAUAAGCUUGGCCCGAAGGGAACUCGGGUAUAAGCCCACAACCGAUUUGCAAACCGGGUUGAAGAAGUUUGUUAGGUGGUACCUUUCGUAUUACGGCUACAAUCACGGCAAGCCUGUAAAUUAAUAUUUCUUUCUUUUUUUGACCUUUUUAAUUUUCUAGGAUUUUCUUUCCCAACCACAAAAGGGAUAAACCUUGGGAAAAAAAAUCCUGCGGCAUGAAAAUGAAAAGGCGCAUUUUUUAACAUUUUCUCCUCGGUAACUCUUUCUUUUUGUGUUUUUGUUUGUAAAGGAAAGGUUGAGGUUUGUUUUGGGCCUCGUACCCGCUUUUGAUUGACAAGAGUUUAUUUUUAA